UGUUGAUCCAAUGCUUUUGCCAAGAGAAGUUGAAGGAAUGGGAGUAGCAACUACAGCAAUGAUGGCAACAAAAGAAGAUGAUAAUGACAAUGAAAAUGAAGUAGAAGAAGCUAAUAAUACUGAGGACUUUAGGCAUAUUGAUGUGGAUUUGCAAAAAUGCUUACUAUCAAUCCUUAAUAUCGGAAUCUUAUGUUCAUUGGAAUCUCCAAAAGAGAGAAUCAAUAUGGAGGAAGUCAUUAAGGAACUACAAUUGAUAAAAAGUACUUUUGUUGGUUUGGGGAUUCGCAGAGCUAGACCAAGUAGAGCUCCAAGGCCUAGAACAACUAGAAGAGAUUAAAUGUCUUUAGUAAUGCUUGGAUUAUGCAGGGGAUUAUGAGUCGUGAUCUUAAUUUCAAGCUAGUUUUAUACCCCUUGUUGAAAUGAUUAAUGGAUGAUUUUCUUUCUCUUCUAAUGUAGGAAUCAUGAUUUUCUCUCUCUUCAAGUGUAGGAGUCAUCUUCAUUUACUGUGCUGGAUUCUACUACUGUAAUGUGUGAUUAUGUGUUUGUACAAAUAAUCAAUUCAAUUCCUAAAAGUCUUUA